AGAUUGUUUAUUAGCAUAGUAGACAUGAAGCUUGCUAUCUUUUGUCUGUGGGUUACAUGUCCCCUGUUCCACUCAGGAAGUCAAUAUCUGUAUCAAGAUGCCAUCAAUGAUGUAUACUGUGACAAAGGCAAGAAGUACUUUUCAGUAAAUGUGGAUGACAAUCAGGUACUGCAUGUGGACUUUGAGGACAAGGCCAUUGUUGACACAUUACCAGAUUUUGUAAAUGUGACUUGGGAAAAAUACUAUGGGCUGAUAUAUGCAUAUGCUUACAAUGAAAUGAAGGAAUUUCAGGACGAUAUGGAACCUAUGGCCAGAGAGCUUGGUUAUCCUCCUGAGGUAAAAGAGCCACCAGUCAGUGCCGUGUAUUCCCGUGAGGAGGUGCUUUUGGGAUCUGAGAACACCCUCAUCUGUUACGUCACCAGGUUCUACCCUCCUCAGAUCACCAUACGGUGGAUGAGGAACAACGAGAAUGUGACGCAAGGGGUGAGCUUAAGCCAAAUCUAUGCAAAUAACGACGGUUCCUUCAACCAGAUCUCCACCCUGAAGUUCACCCCUAAGAAGGACGACGUGUACUUCUGCACGGUGGAGCAUUCAGCACUUGAUGAACCCCUGACAAGAGAAUGGGAUGUUGAGGUGUCUGAGCCCAGUCUUGGUCCAUCAGUGUUCUGUGGAGUGGGUCUGGCUGUGGGGCUGCUGGGAGUGGCUACCGGAACAUUCCUCCUCGUCAAGGGAAAAGAUAGCCGCAGGCAUCUAGGAGUAUAGAAAUAUAUCCUCAUAGUAGAGACAAAUGCAGUAACACUCAAUGUUUGAUACAAGAAGAUCUAAAUUGAUGUUUUUGCUUUUUGUAGCAUGGCAGUGCUGUACAUAGGAAAACCGCAUAUCAAAAAAAUGGAAACAUCAUACUGAUACUGAUCAUACUGUUUAUAUUAACUGAGUUUGUACUUCCGCAUACAGUUUGCAGUGUUACUAUGUUAUUUGUAAACUGGGAAUUAGUAUGGUUAGUUUUUUACUGACUUAUUCCCAGUGCUUCUGGUAAAAUUAGAUGUACAAAAUCAGUCCUGCACACUAAAUCAUGUUUGUCAAUGUUUCUCUAUCCAAUAUAUCUGUGUUUCUGUGUCUGUA